AGCCCGGCGGACUACAUUUCCCAGAAGCCUAGUGGGUUCUGCUUUGUUUUCCUGCUUGGGGCGGGUUUCAGGGGGCCGCUGGACCACUACAGCCUGAGACUACUAGGAAGGCUGUGGGUUUCCCGGGCCGAGCCGAGCGGGGGAAAUGUUUCGCGCCCGGCCACUUGCGGGUUGAACAGGGGCCGCCCUGGCAGGGUGGCGGCCAGCUGCGGCGCGGUGUACCGGCGAGGAGGGGUGCGUUGUCGUCCUGUCCUGCUGCUGAAUGUCCGUCCCGGAGGAUGAUGAGAGGCUUUUGCCGCUCGCCCAGAGAUGGCCCCGAGCGAGCAAGUUCCUACUGUCUGGCUGCGCGGCUACCGUGGCCGAGCUAGCAACCUUUCCCCUCGAUCUCACAAAAACUCGACUCCAAAUGCAAGGAGAAGCUGCUCUUGCUCGUUUGGGAGACAGUGCAAGAGAAUCUGCCCCCUAUAGGGGCAUGGUGCGCACAGCCCUAGGGAUCAUUCAAGAGGAAGGCUUUCUAAAGCUUUGGCAAGGAGUGACACCCGCCAUUUACAGACACGUAGUGUAUUCUGGAGGUCGAAUGGUCACUUAUGAACAUCUCCGAGAGGCUGUGUUUGGCAAAAGUGAAGAUAAGCAUUAUCCCCUUUGGAAAUCAGUCAUUGGAGGGAUGAUGGCUGGUGUUAUUGGCCAAUUUUUAGCCAACCCAACUGACCUAGUGAAGGUUCAGAUGCAAAUGGAAGGAAAAAGGAAACUUGAAGGAAAACCACUGCGAUUUCGUGGCGUGCAUCAUGCAUUUGCAAAAAUCUUAGCUGAAGGAGGAAUACGUGGGCUUUGGGCUGGCUGGGUGCCCAAUAUACAAAGAGCAGCACUGGUGAAUAUGGGAGAUUUAACCACUUAUGAUACAGUGAAACACUACUUGGUAUUGAAUACACCACUUGAGGACAAUAUCAUGACUCAUGGUUUGUCAAGUUUAUGUUCUGGACUAGUAGCUUCUAUUCUGGGAACACCAGCCGAUGUCAUCAAAAGCCGAAUAAUGAAUCAACCACGAGAUAAACAAGGAAGGGGACUUUUGUAUAAAUCAUCAACAGACUGCUUGAUUCAGGCUGUUCAAGGUGAAGGAUUCAUGAGUCUGUAUAAAGGCUUUUUACCAUCUUGGCUGAGAAUGUGAUCUGGCCGGAUCUCACAAGGCCACCCAAUGAGACCCAGCACAGCAUUUUGUAAAGAAGAAUCGAACCCUGACCACUUUCACCUUGGGCGAGAAGGUUUGGCCUUUGAAAUGCUAUUCUGUGCUGAAGAGCCUGCCUAGAGGAGGCGUGCCAGGAGGGAGCCAGCAUCUCAGAUCUGAAGUAGACGAUAGGAAUGUGGAAGAAUAUAUAUGUAGUGCUUAAGAAAUACGUUUAACCUAUUAUGUCAGUAUUAUAAUUGAAGUUCGACAAUUCAUUUUUCUGUUGUUGUUAAAGUGUACAUAUUGUAAAUUAAAGGGAGCUGAAUAGAAAUUCAUGAGUCAUGAAUAAACAUUUUGAGUUUCCCUAGAGUUGAAGGAAGUUGAUGUCCCUUUUCUUGACAAGGAGGGGGAAAAAAAAAUCAAGUCGAGAUGAUGUUUGGAUUUCAAGGAAAGAAGCUGAUCUGUCAGUGCCCUCUCAUUAGAUCUGUGUUAAUUGGUUAGUACUCUGCUGCAUAUGCUAAUAACUUUCCCUGACAGCCACAGACUCUGAAUCUUGAUG